AGCACCCGUCGCCCACACACCAGCACCCUUACCCGGUGCCGCUCCCGAAGCGGCACAUGCACAUGCACGCCGGCUCGCCGCUCCAACGCUCCCGUGCCCGCACCGGUGCAGCGCUGCACGGAACACCCGCACACACGCAUGCGCCACAUCCUCGGCGAGCGCCUGUCCCCGGGCUGCUGGCAGCUGCACCCUGAGCGGGUGUGCCUUGCACCUCGGGAUGCACGGAAGGGUACAGAGUGGCGCCGCGGCCGCCUCCGACGCUCCUCCAGGAGCAGCGCGCGGCGCUCCGCCGUCGGCGAGGCACCUGCGCCCGCGAGCGCCGCAUUGCUUCCCGCUCGGCCCGACCUUAGGUUAUCCCUGUCACUGCAUGCUGCUGCACGUUUGUUCCAGCGGGACGGUCAAGGAGAGGCUCCAGGCUCCGCCUCCCGCGGCUCCAAGCCACCCGUGAAGGGUGCAUGCGAGGUGUGCUUCACGCUCAGCUGCAUUGCAGGCUCGGCGAGCCCUCCGACAGACCACCGCACCCGGGAAAGGCCUGCGGAGAUGUGGCUGAUGGACGGAUGAGCCAUUCGGUGCUCGGGACCGGCGCUGCAUCCCGUCCAAUGUGCAGCUGUCCGCAGUGUGCGCGAACGAGAGACGCACGGCAGCACGCAGAUCCGCCGCACAGCGGGAAGUCGGCCCACCUUCCUGUGGCUUGCGCCUGCCAGCACGUAGCGGGCAGUGCCAGGGCGCAGAGCACACCGCUGCGCUGGCCGGAAGCUCGUACGCCUCAUAUAGCUGAGCAUGCCGCUCGUCGAGCCCCACUGUCUCCUCACAAGCAACACUCGUCCUCCUCCACCAUGCGGUCUUUCUUCAAGGGAUCCGCACUCGCGGCGCUUGCGCUGGCGGCGAUCGUCGGCCAGAGCUCGGCGGCGCCUACUCCGGCCCUCCUCGUGACUCGCUCGCACGUCAAGAUGGAGCACCGCGCCCAGAAGGCCUUCCUCUACGAGGCGUGCGAGGCGGACAGCGACUGUCUCGGCCGCACCUGCGACUAUGAGAGCAAGACGUGCGCCUCGACGUUCCUCUCCAACGGCUCGCAGUGCUCGUCGAGCAUCGUCUGCGAGAGCGGCAACUGCCAGUUCGGCAAGUGCACGGCCAAGGUGCAGCCGGGCGCCUUCUGCGAGAAGGACCAGAACUGCGGCUCGGGCCGCUGCUCGCAGCGCCUUAGCCGCUGCCUGCCGGCGCCGACCACCGAGGCCGUCGUCAACUCGCUGCAGUCGACGAUGCCGUGGGGCAAGGACACCGAGGCGCUGCACAACCUCGAGCCCAUCCCCGCCGUCGACCUCUACUACUCUGACCACGGCAUCCACCGCUCCGAGGCCAGCGCCAUGCUCGUCAACAUGACCUCGAAUGCAAACUACGACGCCGUCGUCCUGACGCACACGUCGCUCGUCGGCCACAUCACCUGCCCCGACAGCGGCCACCUCCAGAUUCCCUUUACGACGUCGGAGGCCUACGAGCUCGCAGCCCAGUCGUGGGACCGCAAGCACGGCUUCCUCCUCGUCACCCACACGCACGGCUGCGGCUCGAGCCAGAGCGAGGACGAGCGCACCUUCUGGCUGGCCUCGCAGCUGCACUUCGACGACCACACGCACUCCGUCUUCGCCAAGGCCUCCGAGCUCGCCAUCGAGCACGCCCUCGACGAGAUCCACCUCGACUUCGGACAGAAGGACCCCGACUACCAGGUCGACUUCGAGCACAUCCACCCCAACCCCGUCGCGCGCAGCCUCGAGGAGGUCGUCGCUCUCAACCAGCUCAACGAGACGGACAGCUGGGCCGAGCCGGCCCACUUCGUCAAGCGUGCCGGCCCGUCGAUGCCCGGCAGCUGCGGCACGACGCCCGCCGGCGUGUCGUGCGGCCCCAACUUCGACGCGCAGCUCGACGCCAUCAACGGCUUCCUGGACUUCGAGGGUGACUUUGAGAACUCGCUCAAGUCCCUGGCCCCCGGUCUCGGAAGCUUUGCCGCCUCGGACUACAUCGACCCCGACACGCUGGCCGACCUCAACCUCGAGACGCCCACGCGCCGCAGCCUCAGCGUCGAGGAGCUUCAGCGCCGCGGCUGGUCGCUCAAGAAGAUCGGUGCCGCCCUCCAGAAGGUCACCAAGGUCGUUGCAAAGGUGGUCAACACCGUCGCUCCCAAGGGCUCGAUCCUUGGUAAGGCAGUCAACCUCCUAGCGAAGACCCCUUUAGGCAAGGUAGUUAAGCUCCUAGUUACUGGCGAGUGGACCGAGACGAUCUCGGGCAAGAUCCAGCUCGGCUGGAAGUACGGCGGCGCCAAGGAGGACACGCCGUGGGGCCGCCAGCCCGUCAUCUGGAGCGCCGAGAAGCAGAAGGCCACGUCGAAGAACUCGGGCAAGGACGCCGCCACCUCGGCUCGUCUGCGCAAGGCCAAGGGCUCGCCCCGUGCCCGUGCCCGCGCCAGCGGCUCGGUCAGCCUGUACUGCGUCGACUGCCAGAUCCUCGGCACGUUCACGUACCGCGGCAGCGUCUCGUUCAAGCUGCUCAAGGCCUCGAUCAGCCGCCUUUCGGCCGACUUCACCGGCGCGCUCGACGCCGGCGCGCAGUUCGGUGUCGUCGUGCAGGCCGAGCUCGUCGCCACGUACCGCAAGACGAUCGUGACGUUCCCGCUGCCGGGUGGCUUUGCGAUCAAGGACGUCGUCACCAUCGGCCCCGCCGCGCUCGUCGAGGCUUCGUUCCGCUUCGUCGCCAACGCCGAGGCCGACCUGCUCCUCGGCGCCAAGGUCAAGCACCGUGUGGCACACCACAUCGACCUGCUCGACUCGUCGAAGAGCAAGACGACCGGCUCCGGCCUGCAGUUCACGGCCUCCAAGGACCUGCAGGGCGCCGCCUCGGCCUCGCUGCAGGCCGGCCUGCCGCUCUCGAUCACGCUCGGCGUCUCGAUGAAGCCCAUCAAGCUGAAGCGCGACCUCUCCGUCACCGCCGAGCCGUCCGUCACCGCCUCGAUCAUGACGGCCACCUCGGAGGACGCCUUCGAGGACUCGAAGCUGCCCGCCUGCCCGCUGGGUCUCGCAUGGGGAAUCAACUCGGGAAUCGCGUUCUCGAUGAACCUGCUCAACCUGGCAAAGUUCAAGCUGGGUGCUUUCAAUGCGAACCUCGGAAAGGGAUGCAUUGACUUCGGCCUGGGCGGCCCCGUCGUCCAGAAGUACUCGGACCAGGCGACGGACUACUGCGCCGAUGGAAAGUGCACGGUCGCAGUCGACGACUCGAAGGCGACGAUCUCGUACCUGCUGAAGGACCAGAACGCCAACGAUGGCAAGUCCAGCACGUUCAAGAGCCCCUGCGACGGAAGCAUGAUCGUCACGAUGAACGGUGGAAUGGCGGGUCCGAGCGGCUUCCAGGGCUACCGCCGCUCGGGCGCCAAGAUCUCGCGCCAGAUCAGCGACCUCAAGAAGGACGACCAGUACACGGUGCAGAUCGGCGGCACGGGCAACUCGCAGUACUACAACGGCAACACCAAGGGCGGCUGGCCGAACGGCGGCGGUGGUGGCGGCGGCGACUCCAGCGGCGGCGGUGGUUCGACGGAGCUCAUCACGAGCAGCGGCGAGCGCCUCAUGGUCGCCGGCGGAGCUGGAGGCAACGGCCGCGGAAACGCGAACAACUACGCCGGCUACUUUGCCGAGGACAACCACAAGGCCGACGAUGCCCGUGGUGGCCCCGGAAUCAACAACGGUGGCGGCGGAGGCGGCGGUGUGAUCGGCGGUGCCGGAGGCAACGCGCAGGGCGGCUACGCCGGCCACAGCAGCGACGAGCCCGAGGGCUACCCGGACUGGACCGACGGCCGCAUGAUCAUCGAGCUCACCUGCAACUAAUCGGCCGCGCGCGGCUUCUCCCUUCCCCACUGACCCCUGAUCGAGUGUGCCCCCCAUGUUACCGGCGCGGCGAAAUGUUACCUAUGACC